CGAGUCGGCGCUUUGGAUCAACAGCCAUGUCCAGCGGUGGAGAGUCUGGGUCUACGCACUCGAGGGAUACGUCAAUACUUGGCGGGCCAAUGAAUUCUGUUCGAGAGGACGCCGCGACCACGCCCCCCACGCAAACGCCCGCGCCGCCACCGGCACCGCCAGUAGACGACGAUGCGAUGAGCCUCGCCUUUCACGAAGUCGGUGGGGCAGAUGGUGAAGAAGCAACUGGCCAUGGAGGAGGCGAUGACGAUGACGGCGAGGCCAACUUUGCCCGGGGCGCUGUUAUCUUCGAGGCCAUGUCGGAUGCUCACUCGGACACUGACGCGCGGACCACCCGUUGGCCCGCCACCUCUGCCUGCUCGCCGCAAAGCCAGCACUACAUACACGGACACACCAACGAGAGAAGCCUCACCGCCACCGCCUCUGCCGCAGCCAGUUCGCGAUGCCAGUCCAGAGCGACGCCGUCGUGCCGCGCUUAACAAGAAGGCUCGCGACGACUGGGAAAAACACAUCCUGAAGGCCGACUGGGAGGAGCUCGAAGUCUCACGCUACCUCAGUCUUUUUGGCAAAGACGUCCACGAGGUUCGCUCGACUGCGCCGUUGGACCCUCACAACUUCACGCACUCGGCUUUCCCUUCCAAGAUUGAGUGGACCAACUUCGACCAUGACGAGCCCAAGUUCAAUGCGUCUGGAUACUACAUUGCCUGCCUUACUGCGCUUCUCUCCUACUUGUCGCCGAAUCAGAUGGUCGACCUGCAGCGCGGCACGAAGCACCUGACCGACGAGGCAGAGGAGGAAGAAGAUGAAGACGAAUUCCAGCAAGAAUUCCGCCUCGCCACCCUCCGAGCAAGCGGACAGCGCCUCUACUACAGCGCCUUGCCUCUCUGGGAGGCCCUCGGCUCACGCUUGCGAAAGACGUGGCGCUGGGAAUCCAAGUCGGGCUCGCUGCUCUGCCUGAUUGGCUAUACCUUUCUCUGGUGGCGAGGCUUGCUCAUUGCCAGCUUGAUCUUUUCGGUCAUCAUGCUCGUGCUGGGGUUGAAGAGUAGGCCGCCACCACCAGAUACGCUGAGAGAUGUGUUGGCCAGGCAGCGGCGCCGGGAAGAGGAGGAAAGGCGACAGGCUCAGGCCGUUGUGCCGACCAGUAUGAGGGCAAGUGCGGCCCCGGCUGCGAAGCGCAGUCAGUACAGUCUCGUUGUUGAGGCGUCCCAGAACUACGGCCUCACCGCCUCCACCCUUGCCGGAGCUCUCGCCGACGGACAUGAGCGAGCGAAGAACUUUGGUCUGUGGCGCUCCCCGCGUGCAACGUGGCGCCUUCUCUUCUGGCUGUCCAUCUCCUUCUUCGCCUCUUUGGCUCUCAAGCCUGCCCACCUCAUCCGCGUAUCAGGAGCCGUCCUCGGCAUCCUCUUCUUCUUCAUCGCGCCCAUCGUGGAGCACAAGCCCCACUGGCUGGGCAUGGAGUGGUCCAACCCUUUCGACUGGAUUUUUGCGGGCGUGCCGAAUGAUGCACAGUAUAGCAUGGAGGUCCUCAGGAGUAGAGCGCAGCUGGGCAAGCCGCUCGUUGGGGACCCGGCGCUACUUAUGCGACCGGAGAGCGAAUGGAAGUCGCAAGAGGUGGUCACCUCGACGGAGGGCGAGGAAGGCAGCGAGAAGAUUGACUGGACGCGCUGGGCUGACCUUGUGCUUCGGGGCAAGUCGAUGGCUAUUCGAGGCACCGAGGUUCUGGCUGGGUCGCGCUCUGUCCAGCUCCCGCGUGUACCUGUCGGCACAAUCGACGCAUCGACAAGCCGCAGCUCUGCGCUCCUCUCGCAUCUGUCUAGAGGGGUCAACAUGGGCAUCACAGCCCUCGAGAACAAGAGCAAGAGUACCGCAGCUCAGCAGCCAUCUUUGGCAAAAGGGCGAGGCGAUCGAGCAGUGACCGCCUCAGCCGGUGCUUCGAUCGACGAGGCUGACGUGGACGGCACCUUCUGGGCUGUCUACGACGGCUGCUGUGGGCAUGUAGUCAUCACGCCGCACGCCGUUCUCUUCCGCUCCCUUUUCGCCAAGCGUCCUCGAGGCAGGCGAGGGCUCAGCGUCAAUGCCUCCGCAAGCAACGUCGACGACGAGCAGCCGCUUCUCGAUGCGCGCACCGGCCAGCUCACCGUCCCGGAGUCAGAGCUGGCCUCUGAGUCUGCGCCACCACCCAAGGUCAAGGUGCUCUUCCAGUGCAAACUCGACGCUGUCAAGGGGAUCAAGAAACUCGCCCCUGCCGGCAGCAGGGCUGGAGCCAUGGCGCUUGGCUCUUCGACAUGGGGUCUGGCGGCGGGCGAGGGCUUGAGGCUGGUACUAAAGGGCAGAAGAGGCGAGGUCGACUUUUACCAGGUUAGAGGCAGGGAUGAAGCUUUCAACCGGCUGCUGGCUUUGGCACCGCAGCAAUGGCAGCGGGUAAAUUGAAACCACGGAUUGCAAUGCCAAAAGCCGUUCGUCAUUGUCUUCUUCGAAUGAAUGGCCGAGCCGGCGCGUCCGAAAUUCUGCUCGGGGCACAACGAGCAGCUCUGACGAGGCGAUGGUCCCCUUCUGUGACGCCCUAGGCCCUGCAGAUGUACUUAAUGCCGCCGACGGCGCAUUCGUUAC